UGCAGCUGAACAGAGUGGCUCUUCUCCAGACCUCUCCUCACUCCUUUUCCAGUCCACAGGUUCUGCACCAUGCAGCGCACCUGGAACUCACCCCUGGGCCAGGCCCUGUGCAUCAUCACCGGGGCCUCCAGGGGCUUCGGCCGGGAAGCAGCCACGCAGAUCUCCCGGUUAGUGAGCCCUGGGUCGGUACUGAUCCUGGUGGCCCGAUCCGAGGACGACCUGCGGACUCUGCAGGCGGAACUGACCGAGUCCAAGGCAGGUAAAGCCGGCCUGGUGGUCCGCUAUGUGGCGGCGGAUCUGGGUUUGAUGGAGGGAGUGGAAAGUGUGGUGAAGGCUUCUAAAGAGGCGUCCUCAGAUAAUAUAGAACACCUGAUCCUGAUCAACAACGCAGCCAGUCUGGGUGAUGUGUCCCGCUUUACCAGAGAGUUCACAGACAUGGCUGAGGUGAACUCCUACCUGUCUCUAAAUGUCAGCUCCUCCCUGUGCCUUACCUCCUCGGUGCUACAGGCGUUCCCACAGCGUCCACGUCUGCAACGCACGGUGGUCAACAUCAGUUCGCUGUGUGCCCUGAAGCCUUUCCCAUCGUGGGUGCUGUACUGCACUGGAAAGGCUGCACGAGAUAUGAUGUUUAAGGUGUUAGCAGAGGAGGAGCCAACCCUACGGGUGCUCAACUAUGCUCCAGGCCCUAUGGACACUCACAUGCAGGACGAGGCCAGAGUCAAAACUGCUGAUUUGAACGUCAGGAAGUCCUUUACACGCAUGGCUGCAAACGGUCUCCUCCUCAGCUGUGAGGAGUCGUGUGCCAAGCUGAUGAAGCUGCUGCGGGAGAACACCUAUGAAUCAGGAGCUCACAUCGACGUCUACGAUGUGUAGAGCCAACACAGGAAUCAGCCAUAUAACGUGAUAUCAGGUUUUUUGUAGUACGUGUGUGCCUUGAUAUUAUUCUGUGCUCUUUUGAUAAUUAUACUCAGUUUGCCCUGAAUGCACUGAGUCUUACCUCUGCAGGUUAAAGUCAGAUUUUGUUAAAGUAGUUUGCUUAACAUUCAUUUAAAACAUUCCACCAUCUCUUACAAACAUACGACCAAAUACUGGAAUCUGAAAUUUAACUACUUACCAGCUCGUAAAGACAGUUACAUCAGUUUUAACUCUGAAGAAAUUUGUAAGAAAAAGCCAAAGUAUAGACUUGGUAGCAUCUUUGAAGGUAUUGUGAUGGCUCAUUUGUCAUAUUAUUAUGAUGUUCAUGCUUUUUAUGACCUAUUACUGUGACUCAUUAGACUGUUUUUUUCACUCACAUUUGCCAAGUAUUACCAAAACAUGUUGAGAUAUUGGAGGCAAAGCACUAUUUUAAAUAUGUUUAAGAAUCUAGAGGAAAAGUUACUUUUGUGCAAGUGUUUAAUUUUUAACCAAGCAAACUGGAACUGAAAAAUACAUGUUUUUCUUUCCAUCUUUAAAUAAUAUUAAUUUCAUAGUGAAAUUAAAUUACUGGCAUAAAUUUUCAACACUUUAGGAUUGUUCUAACAAUCCUAUCGCACAAAAUAACAGACAUUGUGGAAUUAAAAAUGACUGAACACAUAUUGAUUAUGGAGGACUGAACCUGCCAUACUGAAAAAUAUGUACAGAAAUAUAAAAAUUGAUAAAUUCAUUCAUGUGCCAAUACAUGAGACAA